GGAAGAGGCUAGAGACAUGAGACAAGCUUCCGGGAGAGGAUCUAAACCGGAAACGGAGAUACUCCAAAAGAGAAAACUGAGACGCCAUGUCCACGUGGAUCUUUUUUAUAAUCAAAAAAUUCACAAGCGACACGAAUUCCUCCACUGUGCCACAUCUUAUGUCCCAAGUCCCAACCACAGCCAUGCAGCUUUUUGCUCUGUCGUCAAUUGUUCAAGAAUUAAUUUCUUGAAGCACCCAGAAAAGACAGAACGCCAUGCUCUCGUUACUUCCUGAUAUGAUGGAGGACUCAUGGGAAAACUGGCUCUCUCAUCUGGAAAUGAAUGAUGAUUUUGGCUGCACCAACGCUGUAUCCUUUGAUGAGAUGGUAAGGUUCAACAAUGAUAGCUCAAAUGUUGUGGCAGCUAUUGGGCCAAAAGUGGAAUACACUGACUCUUAUUUGAAGAGCAGCGAAGAGGAAUUUGGAACAAGUUGUUAUUGGCCUAAAAGGGGUGUAGAGAACAACCAUGAGUUGGAGGCAAAGACAAUAAGGGAUAACGACAGAGGAACAAAAAGGGCAAGAACCUCUACUGAGACACAGUAUCAUGUAAUGUCAGAGAGAAAAAGGAGACAGGAUAUAGCGGAGAAAUUCUUAGCACUCUCAGCUACUAUACCUGGCUUGAAGAAGUUAGACAAGGCUACUGUGCUUCGGGAAGCCCUCAACUACAUGCAACAACUUCAACAACGCAUAGCAGUGCUGGAAAAAGCAGGGGGCAAUAAGAAUAAAAGUAUAAAGUCAUUGAUCAUCACGAAAUCACGUCUUUGUUCUGCGUCAUGUGAAACAAACUCUAUUAGUGAAGUGCUCCCUGAAGUUGAAGCAAGAGGUUUAGGGAAGGAAGUACUCAUUAGAAUCUAUUGUGAGAAACGAAAGGGCAUCAUACUCAAGCUAUUGGCCCUACUAAAAGAUCUUCAUCUCUCAAUAGCCAGUAGCAGCGUAUUGCCAUUUGGAAACUCUAUCCUCAACAUUAUCAUAAUUGCUCAGAUGAGUGAGAAAUACAACAUGACGGUGAACGAUUUGGCUAAGAGCUUGAAGCAGAUCUUUUGAAGUUGUAUGAGAUGUAGUGUAACUGUGUGAUGGAGUUCUCAAAUAUUUGUUUAUUGAGUUGGAAGUUCUUAAUUAUUCAGGAGCUGGGUAACUGCUUUUUGAUUCUUUUUUUUUUCUUUGAAAUACUACAAUGAUGACAUAUGUAACAACACUGAUGUCGGGAGAUGGAACCAAAGGAAAACAACCAAGGCCAAACUAAUUAAACUCAAAGCUAGAUGUGCUGGAAAGGAGGUCCAAUCCUGCUAUUGGCAUGACUAAGGAUUAAUGGCGUUUACUUUGUUUUCGUGUGUCAUAUCAAUAAAAUGAUACUUAUAUGAUUGUUUUGGUUUGA